UUUACUUCUUGUUGUUUGUAGUUCACUUGUUCAACCGUCAGUGAAUUUUAAUAAAUUGUCUCCCUUGAAGCACUAAUAAUGGCAACUUACACAACAAAUAAACCUGCAGUCCGUGACAGUUUCGAUGAUGAUGAUGUCAGUGAUGAUGUUGAUGAUGAAGUAUUUAUCCGAGAUGGAAAAAAUGGCUUUAAAAUGGAUGAAGAAAGAGGUGUAAAAAGACCUUUGAUGGCGCCAAGGAGGAAAAAUAAAUCUGCGAGUGGAAGUCAGUUCCAUCCAGAAAUCUGCAAGCAGCCACAGUGUCGAGCAUUUUGUGUGCCUUGCUGCUACGGCUUCCUUGCACUUGUGGCAUUGUUUGGGCUUGUCACAUUGGUGGUAGUCUUCGUCAAUAUGUUUCCGUUUCCAUUGGACAGAAUACGGAUUUGGACAGAGAACAUGGUCCCGCAUGAAAAACUGGUUUUGCCAUGCACUGAUUUAAAAACACGGAACAUUUGGGUAAAGACAUUCCCAAAAUUAACUUCAGAAGCUGCUUUGAAACUGAAUGAUGUCAACAAAGAUGGUAUUCAAGAUGUCAUUGUUGGUUAUGGAACAGGAGCUGAUGAGAUGGGACUAGACGAAGAGGUUUGUCCCAGCUAUAUGCCAGGAGUGCCAACCUGUCUAGGGGGAGUGAUGGCGCUUGACGGUGGCUCUGGUGCGGUAUUGUGGCAACACUGGACCCACAGGAGUGUGUUGUUUGUCGACUGCUCCACUGACCUCAACGGAGACAAGACCAACGACUGUGUCAUCUCGGGUAAAGGCGGGGUGUUGAGUGCUCUGAGCGGUCUAGAUGGAAGUGUUUUGUGGGAGUUAAAGAAGCCUCCCAGCAAAGACGAUGUCGAUGUUUACGCUGUCCAGUACAUCAACGAUGUUGACUUUGACCUGGUGCCAGAUAUUCUGGCAGCACACUCGUCCAUUGUUGCAGGAGAGGCGCAAGGACACCUGGUGGUGUUGAGUGGUCGGACUGGUCGCGUGGUGUCACAGGCUUCAACCCCUGGCUACCUCCCUGUGUACAGUCACCCUCAGGUGAUGGUCAGACCUGAUGGUACAGAUGUGCUGCUGUUCACCACAGGCAGCACUGAGUCUGCUGGUGGCCUGUAUGCUGUACCACUACACCAUCUCGUCAUUGGAAACAUAUCACAGAGUGUUCAACUGACCAGAGGUGGUGUUAACGAAGCACCAGUCUUGGUAGAUAUCAACAGAGACGGCUCGGAAGACAUAAUUGUAAUAUCAGAUAGCCAAGUGACAGCCAUUGACGGAGUAACUCUGGAACAGAUAUGGAAUGUGUCAGCACAGGCACUACAGAUCUCAACACCCUUUAAUUAUAAAUCUCAAAUACUGAAUUCUCCCACUCCAGCUUAUUUCAACGAUGAUGACAUUCCAGACUUCUUGUUUACGCAUGUUGUUGGAUCUUCCUAUCCCGAGUUUUACUAUUCUCUGACGUCGGUGGUGGAUGGUCGCACAGGGCAGCCUCUGAUGGACAAGCCCAUGGUUGCCUCAGCAUUUGUAGAUGUCCCCGGGAUAUCACUGAGUGUUGCGGGUCGAGGCAACGACCUGUUUCUAUACUGGGCUGGCGUCUGCGAGGGAUACGAGAACAGCGACACACGGUUCUCCUUUCUCAACAGCACGCCCAUCAGACAAAGGCUGAUGGCGCUGCCUGGUGUUGUGCUGGUGGACGUCAUCAUGAGUGCUGAAGUUGUUUAUAUUGGCCCUAACUUGCACCAGACAGAGAAGUAUGUAGUGGCCAACUACAGUAAGCAAACCAAGUUGUGCAAAGAGGGGUUUGCAAUGAGCACAAUACUCACUCUCAGUAAUAAUCCUUACUGCACGCUUCUGGAGCCUAAGCACUUCUACAACCUUUGGCGAGUGUCCCCAGAGAAGGCCAUAGGCAUGGCAGUGAAAGAGGGCAUGGUACACCAUCACCAAGCUGCAGAUGAUGUGCUGCGUCUCAUCCUCAUUGAGUUGAAAACGGUUAGCCAAAAACGUUGUAUCUUCAAAAAAUACAUGAUGUGUGCUAGAGCAAAGCUGGCCAACCAGAGGGUUUGUGUAUUUCAAGACUCCAUUCCACAUUCACUAUGCAAGAAACGCUGGAAGGAAGAUCACAACACCACUGCAGCACCAGUUGAUCAACAGACGACCUCAGGGCUGCCGAUACUGAAGCAACAACCAACACCACUGCAGCCAACACAACAACUGAAUAAUUUCCAUCACACUGGAGAUUCAGUGGAACAUUUGAAGGCUUCUCCACACCACCACUCACACAACGGAUAUCACAGACAACAGUUUGGUUCCAGUGAUGAGUUGCCAGUGAACCUCAACCAGGCUAUGGAGGAGUACGAGAGACUACGAGAGCGUCGGCCUCAGAUGGAGUGGCAUCCACAGGAGUCAGACUACAGCACCAACAGACGGUACCAGAACCUAGGCAUGUACGGAGGUGUGCUGCCUGACACACUAGGAGUGGGAGACCUAGAGGCUGGCUAUGGACCAGAGGGCGAUGACGGACCUGUGUUCCCUCCCAACGUGAUGGGACGAGAUGAGAGAGCCGAGGAAAACCGACCACGCCGCAGUAUCUACAACUCUCGGCUACUGCCUCAUGUAGGCUCACCAGGAACGCUGGCCCCAGCGUUAGCAGGUUCGGGAGUGGAUCUGGUGGUGACAACUCAUUGGCUGCCUUCUGCAGAUGUCUAUGUUCGGCUGCCGAGGGACGAACAGUGUAUCCUUGAGAGAAUGAGCCGGAUUACUCCAGAGAAGUACGAUGACCUGGAAGCGUUGCGCGCGACUGUGGAAGAGGAGUGUUUGCUGGCACGAGGUGUUUCGCGCUCGCUGCAGCCGGCCCAUGUCUCACUCGCCGGACAGCUGACUGUGUCGCGUGUCACGCUGGACUAUGUGUGUGACAAAGUAGCGCCGCCUGGUGAGGAGUGCGCUCACUUGUUAUCGUACGAGAGACAGUCUUGUCCUCAGCGGGGACCAAACACAUACUACAAGCCUCAUUCCUUCUCACGACCUGUGCUUGCUUGACUACUCGGAGACAAAUAAGCAGGAAAUGAUGUUGAUAAAGAACAUGCAGCAGGACAUUUAAAUUUUUGAAUUCAGAUUAAUGCCAUGCACCUCCUGGCUGAAAUAACUUUGAAAUGUAUAAUUUUGCACCAUUUAAUUAUAAAAACACACUGAGUUAUUCACGCGUUGUUCGGAUCUUAAAUACACCACUAAGUUCAAAAAAGGUUAUUUUAUAAAUAAUUAGUUAUUUAGAUAAGUACCCCCACCGCAGCAAACCCGCAGACUAUUGCUAGAACUCGUUAAAAUUUAUCCAGUUCUACCCAUUCUUGGAAAGUUUCUUCAAAUUCUGACCAAAAUUAGUCGAGUUAUCUUGUUGAUAGACACACACACAUAUUAUAUCUAUGUUAUCCUCUUGUAUAGCCUCUUGGGACAUCAAAACGAAGAAAAAAAUCUGUCCAGGGUAAUAGCUUGUUUCCCUACAUGGGAAAUUUGCUAAAACUCACAGUUGUGGAAUGUGUAGGCGUUCCAUUAAUGAACACAUAAGUUUAUUCCUUAUUCCAAACAAAUAUUGCCUAGAAAAAAUAAGUAUAGGCUAUCCCCAAUCUCAAACACAUUAAAUAGCCUAGUCUUUGUAAAUAUGAAGAAUUUAUUUUUUUCCAGCGUCUCAAAGCGUAAUUUAAUAAUAAGUGAGCUGUAAUAGUUUUUGAUAUUUUGGUAUUUGCU